CAAGGUCAUCGGUUGAUGUUGUCAGCAGUCGCGGGUGCAUGGAGAAAAUCCCGAGGACUGCAAGCAUCAGUACAAUACUAUAAACAGAGUUAAUUGAGUGGGUGACGAUCACAUGAAGGAACAAGACAUCCCUGAAUACCUCGAGGGCUGCGGUCUACCGGCUAGUGCUGCUCCUCCAGGCAGCGACGCUAACAUGCCAGAAGCUGCGGCGUGUGAGCUCACGGACACCAACAUAAGCGUUCAGGUGAAAGAACUUCCCAAGGAAAAAAAAGGGAGUUCUGCAUCUGGAGAUGUUAAAAAAACUGUCACAGUAAAACAUCCUGAAUCAAACAAACCUAAGCCAACCACAAAAAAGAAUAAGCCAAUACCAGCUGACUUAGAUAUUGCCAAAGAGUUUGUGAGAUGCAAAGAAGAAGAGCUCCAGAGGCUAGACCUUAGUAAGUCUAGUAUUACAAGCCUUCCGAGUAGUGUGAAGGACCUUACUCAUCUAGUUGAAUUUUAUUUAUACGGUAAUAAACUAGUAACUCUUCCUCCAGAAGUAGGUUAUUUAACGAAUUUGAGUACUUUAGCUCUUAAUGAAAAUUCUUUGACAAGUUUACCAGACACACUAGAAAAUUUGAAACAACUGCAAGUUUUAGAUUUGAGGCACAAUAAACUAAAUGAAAUUCCAGAUGUAGUGUAUAAGCUUAAAACAUUAAAAACACUGUUCUUGCGUUUUAACAGAGUCAAAACUGUAAGCGAUAAUAUACAAAACUUGACUAAUUUAACUAUAUUAAGUAUGAGGGAAAACAAGAUCAAAGAACUUCCUGCUGGUAUUGGCAGACUUACCAAUCUUCUGACACUGGAUGUUGCUCAUAAUCAGCUAGAGCACUUACCCCAAGAAAUUGGUAACUGCGUGCAACUAUCUACUCUUGAUUUGCAACAUAAUGAGCUUGUAGAUAUUCCAGAGACGAUUGGCAAUUUGGUCAAUAUUACAAGGUUAGGCUUAAGGUAUAACCGUUUAACUAGUAUACCAAAAUCUUUAGCAAAUUGCAAACUGCUAGAUGAAUUGAGCGUUGAAGGAAAUCAAGUCUCCCAACUGCCUGAUGGACUUUUGUCAAGCUUGUCACAAUUAAAGGCUAUCACAUUAUCAAGAAAUACCUUCACUGCUUACCCAUUUGGAGGGCCAUCGCAAUUUACCAAUGUUCAAACUAUCAAUCUAGAGCACAACAAAAUUGAUAAAAUACCUUAUGGCAUUUUCUCAAGAGCUAAAAAUCUCACCAAAUUAGUUAUGAAAGAAAACCAACUGACUGCUCUUCCGCUUGAUAUUGGAACGUGGGUUAACAUGGUAGAGCUAAAUCUUGGAACAAAUCAGUUGCUCAAACUUCCUGAAGACAUCCACCAGCUAUUGAAUCUUGAAGUGCUAAUUCUAUCUAACAAUUUGUUGAAGCGCAUUCCUGCCACCAUAUCCAGUUUGAGCAAGCUGCGUGUACUUGACCUAGAAGAGAACAAAAUUGACGUCUUACCAAACGAAAUUGGUUUUCUUAGGAGUUUGCAAAAGCUCAUUUUGCAGUCUAACCAACUGACCAGUCUACCACGAGCCAUUGGUCACCUUACAAAUUUAACACAUCUAAGUAUUGGCGAGAAUAACCUAAAUUUCUUACCUGAAGAAAUUGGUACAUUAGAAAAUCUCGAGUAUCUAUACGUUAACGAUAAUCCAAACCUAAAUAAUUUGCCAUUUGAGUUGGCACUUUGUUCAAAGCUCACCGUCAUGUCGAUUGAGAAUUGUCCACUAGCUCAGAUACCACAAGAAAUAGUUAAUGGUGGUCCUGCUUUUGUUAUUCAGUAUUUGAAAAUGCAGGGUCCUUACAGGGCUAUGUAAAACAAAUUAAUGUUAAAGACAAUGAACUAUACACUUAAUAUUUUUUACAAUGCUUUAUUAGCUCAUAGGAAGCAUUUGAGUUUAGUUUCCUAGUUAACUUGGCCACUUUUUCGUUCUAGCAUUUUAUUGUGACCACAAGUUAUAUGCCCUUUUGUUAUGUGUGUUUUUAUAUAUUUGUACAAACGUAUAAGAAUUCAAAUACAGUUUUAUCUAAAAGAAACUCUGUCUUCCGUUUUAGUUGCUCUGAUGAAAACUCUUGUUUCAAAUCUGUCACAAAAUUCUAAAAUGUAAAAUAUCCCGUGAAGUGCAUUGUAAAAAUCAUAUUUUUAAGUAUAAGCUUUAUUUAAAAAUGAUGUCUUUCAUUAAAAAUACAUUUUUUCACUGUGUAGCAAGUAGCAACAGGUAUUACAGGACAUAGUGGAAAGUUUUUCUUUAGCUAUAACAAAAUG